AUGUCCUUCAGCGCCAGGAUCGCUAAAGUGAGCUACAGGAACAGACCCACCCAGCCUUCCGUGGCUGUGGAGUCACUCAAGGAAAUGCAGCAAAAGUUGAAAGAGGAGCGUGAAGCAAAGCGGGCUCAGCUGGAUGGAAGACAUGACUAUAUCCUCAGUAUUGUGGCUUCAUGCUUGGGGCUGGAGAAAGCAGAUGUGGAAGAUGCCAUAUUGGAGGGCAAUCAGAUUGACCGCAUGGAGCAAUUUUUCAUGGCUGACGGUCUUCCACACCUAAUGUUCUACUAUCAGGACACUGAACCAACUGUAGCAGCAGCAGCACCAGCAGCUACAGCCUCUAUGCCCGCCCAGCCUGUUGCCCAGCAGCCUGGUCACAGCAAGAAGUCCAAAGUGUUUGUAACAGAUGGGAGGGAUGUGGCACUGACCGGAGUGUGUGUCUUUUUCACCAGAGCCAAUACUUCAAAGGCAGUCACCUCUGAGAACAUACACAGAGAUGUAAAUUUCAAUAUGUUGGAUACAACAGAAGGUGGUCUUUUAAAAAGUGUGGAGCAGCUGCUCUCUGAGAUCUUCAUUCCCACACUGAGGAAGAUGAACCACGGCUGGGGAGAGGGGACAAGUCCUCAGACCCUGGUCGUCAAACAGGACUUCAUAUCUUCAUUGGAAAGCUUUGUGUCUGUGUUGGCUGGAGCACAGGAGAGCCUUCAGGAAAAGGUUACCUUGAAAGAGUGCGACACCUUUGACUUGAGGGUACUGAAGGGCCCGUCUGACUACGUGGCAGCUGCCAGCAGCACAGAGACCAUAGAGAAGAUAGAGGCCUGCAUGAAAGUCUGGAUCAAACAAAUAGAGCAGGUUUUAGCCGAGAGUGACCAGCUUAGAAAGGAGGCUGAUGAUCUUGGCCCUCGGGCCGAGCUGGAGCACUGGAAGAAACGGAUGACUCGCUUCAACUACCUUCUGGACCAGCUGAAGAGCCCUGAUGUCAAGGCUGCUCUGGGUGUGCUCUUGCUGGCUAAAUCUAAGCUCAUAAAGUCAUGGCGGGAACUGGAUGCAAGGAUCACAGAUGGAGUUAAUGAGGCCAAAGACAACGUCAAGUAUCUCUACAGCUUGGAGAAGUUUUGCGACCCACUCUACAACAGUGACCCUGUAUCAAUGGUGGAUGCAAUCCCAGGUCUGAUCAAUGCCAUCAGGAUGAUUCACAGUAUUUCCCGCUACUACAACACAUCUGAAAAGAUUACAUCACUUUUUGUAAAGGUGACAAACCAGAUGAUCACAGCUUGUAAGGCCUAUGUCACUGAUAACGGCGCAAACUCAAUAUGGGACCAACCUCAGCAAGUCAUUACUGAGAAAAUCAAAGCUGCCAUUCACCUAAACCAGGAAUACCAGCGAUGUUUCCACAAAACCAAGGAGAAGCUGGAGCAGACUCCUUCAGAAAGACAGUUUGACUUCAGCGAGAUGUACAUCUUUGGAAAGUUCGACACAUUCCAGCGAAGACUGAACAAGAUCCUCGAAAUGUUCGCCACCAUUUCCACCUACUCCGUUCUAAAGGACUCGAAGAUAGAAGGGCUGGAGACGAUGGCCACCAGGUUUCAAACUGCAGAAAUGCAAGGAAAAUGGGAGGCUAUUGUGUUAAACAUGAAGAAAAAACAUUACAGUUUUCUAGACCAGAGGAGAAGUGACUUUGAUGUUGACUACGAGGAAUUCUGCAAAAGCACUUCUGAACUCCACGUAAGUUAAUUAGACAGUGCAUUUGCCCUGUUUUGUGCAAAUAAAGUUAAUGCAAUUGAAAAUACAGAAAGGGCUCUAAAUGUGCUGAAGACCUUUCAAAGACUGGGCAUCCCAGAUCUUGGGAUUGAUGAGAAGUAUCAGCAAAUUUUACAAAAUUAUGGCCGGGACAUUGAAAUGGUUUUCCGCAUCUACAUGAAGCAGAAACUUGACCCCCCCAUUGGCAGGGACUUGCCCCCAGUGGCCGGUCGGAUCAUGUGGGCUCGGCAGCUGUACAGCCGUAUACAGGGACCCAUGGAUCUCUUUCAGCAGCAUCCAGGAGUUCUUUCCACAUCAGAGGCAAAAAGGAUCAUCAAGAACUUUAACCGUGUAGCAAGAGCGUUGUUGGAGUUUGAGAUGACCUACCAUCACAGCUGGAUGAAAAAGAUGGAGGAUGCCAAAGUUGGCCUGCAAGCCUCUCUUCUGGUCCGAUCUCCAGAAACUGGCGAGUUAUUUGUGAACUUUGACCCAGAGAUUCUGACGCAGAUCAGAGAGGUGAACUGCAUGACAAAGAUGAAUUUGGCGAUCCCUCCCUUCGCUUUUCUACUGCUGCAAAAACAGGACGUCUUUAAGAAACACUACAAUAGAAUACAGCUGAUGUUGAGCGAGAACACUAGAGUGCGUGCCAAGAUUCAGAGUGUCUUUGAACAGCUGGCCAUGCCACAUGUAGCUAAGGUGGAUGAGGCUAUACAACCGGGUUUGACCUCCCUCAACUGGACAUCUCUGAACAUUGACAAGUAUCUCGACCGCAUCGACAAAGCGUUGGCUGAUCUUGAGUUGCUGAUGGACAGAGUGAAUGACCUGGUGGAGUUUAGAAUAGAAGCAGUACUGCAGGAGAUGAGCAUAUCCAACCUGUGUGUGCUGCCAGAGGAUGAGCCUGUGACCUGUGAGGAGUUUGUUCAAACCACCAGGGACCUUUGCAUAAGACAAGCCCAGAAAGUGAACACGAAGAGCUCACUGGUGGAGGAGGCAGCUAAUGAACUGAUCAACAUGCUGCUAGAGUUCGACCACAAUCAGAGAGAGGAGGUGGAGAAGUUUGAGGAAGAAAGCUGCACAGAGAGCAAGACCAUAGACCACAAUGACAGUGAAGGUGAUGACGAGCGUCUCUUCUCCAGAAACACGCUGCUACGUUCUGCUAGUGUUGGUCCUUCUUCUCCGUUGGUGAGGAGGAAGAAGAAGAGGGACUUGAUGGAAGUGAUGGAACAGGAAGCCCAGGAGCUGCUGUCCUACUUCAACCACCGUAAUGUGGAUGCCUUGCUCAAAGUGACACGCAACACCCUUGAGAUGUUGCGCAAGCGCAUACAUACGUCCUCGCUCAUACAUUUCUCCGCUGCAAGUGACCCAACCAGCUAUGGCAAAAGCAGCGAUCACCAUGCAAUCUUCAGAGUAAACAUGACCCUUUCCAUCCCUAACAUUGUCAUGGUUCCAGCUUUGGAGGAGGUUCAACAGGCUCUAAACCGCGCUGUAGAGUGUGUAGUCAGUGUCAGCAAAGGAGUCAGCCAGUGGAGCAAAGAAAGGAUAUCUAAGAGACAAAUGAACGAAAAGCGAAUGGCAGCACUGAAACAAGACAGCUCUGAGAAUGAAGCAGGAAAGAAACUGAAUCGACAGAUCAAAGACCUGGAUGAUAUUCGUAUUGCCAUGGCUGCACUGAAGGAGAUCAGAGAGCACCAGAUAUCUAUUGAUUUUCAAGUUGGGCCCAUAGAGGAGUCCUAUGCCAUGCUCCAUAAGUAUGAACUAUCAGUGGCUAAAGAGGAGGCUGAAAAAGUGGAUACUCUGCGCUACACUUGGGAAAAGCUCUUGUCCCGGAGCACAGAGGUGCAGAACGAGCUGGUCGCCUUGCAGCCAAACUUCAGAGAAGAACUGGUCAGCAAUGUGGAGACCUUUCUGGAAGACUGCCAACACUUUUAUCAAGAUUAUGAAAAGGAUGGUCCCAUGGUUGUGGGACUUGCACCCCAAGAUGCCAGUGAUCGGCUGAUCAUGUUCCAGUGCUGCCCCCUGCUGGAACUCAUGACUAACAAAGCUAUGAUGGCCCGGCACUGGAAGAGGAUAACGGAGGUGACCGGCCAUACCUUUGAGGUGGAAACUGAUACAUUCAAGCUGCGUAACAUAAUGGAGGCUCCUCUACUCAAGUAUAAAGAAGAGAUUGAGGAUAUCUGCAUCAGUGCUGUGAAAGAGCGUGAUAUUGAACAGAAGCUGAAGCAAGUGAUCGGUGAGUGGGACAACAAGACUUUUACAUUUGCCAGUUUUAAGACCCGUGGGGAGUUGCUGCUGAGAGGAGACAGCACAUCAGAGAUCAUUGCCAGCAUGGAGGAUAGCCUAAUGAUCUUGGGAUCCCUUAUGAGCAACAGGUACAACACCCCAUUUAAAGCCCAGAUUCAGAAGUGGGUUCAGAAUCUCUCCAACACCACUGAUAUUAUCGAGCACUGGAUGACUGUCCAGAACCUGUGGAUCUAUCUGGAAGCUGUGUUUGUGGGUGGAGAUAUCGCCAAACAGUUGCCUAAGGAAGCAAAGCGUUUCUCUAACAUUGAUAAGUCAUGGGUGAAGAUCAUGAUGCGAGCCCAUGAAAUGCCCAAUGUGGUACAGUCAUGCGUGGGGGACGAGACCAUGGGACAGCUGCUUCCACAUCUCCUCGAACAGCUGGAGAUCUGUCAGAAGUCUCUAACAGGCUAUCUGGAGAAGAAGCGUCUGCUGUUUCCUCGUUUCUUCUUUGUCUCUGAUCCUGCCCUGCUGGAGAUCCUGGGCCAGGCCUCUGACUCCCACACCAUCCAGGCCCACCUUCUCAAUGUCUUUGACAAUAUCAAGUGUGUCCAGUUUCAUGAAAAGGUGGGGUUACUGGGUAUUCAGAUGAUUUGGACAAGGGACUCAGAAGAAGCUCUGACCAAUGCCCGAUACGAUCGCCGCAUCAUGUCCAAAACCAACCAGUUCUUCCUGGAUCUCCUUAACACCCUGAUUGACAUGACCACAAGAGACUUGGAGGCUGUGGAGAGGACCAAGUAUGAGACCCUCAUCACUAUUCAUGUCCAUCAGAGGGACAUAUUUGAUGAACUGUGCCGGUUGCAUGUCAAAAGCUCCAGUGACUUUGAAUGGCUGAAGCAGUGCCGUUUCUACUUCAAUGAGGACUCAGACAAGAUGAUCAUCAACAUUACAGAUGUGGGCUUUGUCUACCAGAAUGAAUUCUUGGGGUGUACCGAAAGGCUUGUCAUUACACCUUUGACGGACAGGUGUUACAUCACUUUAGCCCAAGCUCUUGGUAUGAGUAUGGGUGGAGCACCUGCUGGUCCAGCUGGAACAGGAAAGACCGAGACCAUAAAAGACAUGGGUCGCUGUUUGGGAAAGUACGUUGUGGUCUUCAACUGCUCUGACCAAAUGGACUUCAGAGGCUUGGGGAGAAUAUUUAAAGGUCUGGCUCAGUCUGGUUCGUGGGGCUGUUUUGACGAGUUCAACCGCAUCGACCUCCCAGUUCUUUCUGUGGCAGCCCAGCAGAUCGCGAUAGUUCUCACCUGCAAGAAGGAACGUCGCAAAAAUUUUGUCUUCACAGAUGGAGACAAUGUGGACAUGAACCCAGAGUUUGGCAUCUUCCUUACCAUGAAUCCAGGUUAUGCAGGUCGUCAGGAGCUUCCUGAAAACCUGAAGAUCAACUUCCGCUCCGUGGCCAUGAUGGUUCCAGACCGUCAAAUCAUUAUUAGGGUAAAACUGGCCAGUUGUGGGUUCAUCGACAACAUGGAGCUUGCACGCAAAUUCUUCACACUUUACAAGCUGUGCGAGGAGCAACUGUCCAAGCAGGUUCACUAUGAUUUUGGCCUGCGCAACAUUCUGUCAGUUCUGCGAACUCUGGGAGCAGCCAAGCGAGCCAACCCCAAUGAUACAGAGUCUACCAUUGUCAUGAGGGUUCUAAGGGACAUGAACCUUUCAAAACUGAUCGAUGAGGAUGAGCCACUUUUUCUGAGCUUGAUUGAAGACCUCUUCCCGGGCAUCCAACUUGACAAAGCGGGUUACCCUGAACUAGAAGCUGCCAUUGACAAACAGGUGGAGGAUGCAGGCCUAAUCAACCAUCCUCCUUGGAAGCUAAAGGUCAUCCAGCUGUACGAGACUCAAAGAGUCCGACAUGGCAUGAUGGCCCUGGGGCCAAGUGGAGCUGGAAAGACAACUUGUAUACACACGCUUAUGAAAGCUAUGACAGAAUGUGGUCAUUCUCACAGAGAGAUGCGCAUGAACCCCAAAGCCAUUACUGCACCUCAGAUGUUUGGCAGACUAGAUGUGGCCACAAAUGACUGGACUGAUGGCAUCUUCUCUACACUGUGGAGGAAAACACUGAGAGCAAAGAAAGGAGAGCACAUCUGGAUAGUGCUGGAUGGGCCAGUUGAUGCCAUAUGGAUUGAAAACCUAAAUUCAGUUUUGGAUGACAACAGAACUCUUACACUCGCAAAUGGAGACCGAAUACCAAUGGCUCCCAACUGCAAGGUGGUAUUUGAGCCGCAUAACAUCGACAAUGCCUCUCCAGCCACCGUCUCACGCAAUGGCAUGGUGUUCAUGAGCUCCUCUGUGCUCACCUGGAUCCCCAUACUAGAGGGCUGGUUGAAGAAACGGUCCCCACAUGAGGCAGAGAUACUGAGAGAGCUCUUCUCUUCGUCUUUCUCCGAGCUCUACCGCUUCUGCGUGCAGUCACUAGAGUUCAAAAUGGACAUGCUAGAGGCCUUUGUAAUCAUGCAAAGCAUAAACAUGCUACAGGGACUCAUACCACCUAAGGAGCAGUGUGGCGAUUUAUCCAGAGAGUUCUUGGAGCGGCUUUAUGUCUUUGCACUAAUGUGGAGCGCUGGGGCCGUACUUGAACUGGAUGAUCGGAGGAAGAUGGAAAUGUGGCUCAGAGGAAACAAGAGUAUUCAUCUAAACUUGCCAGACAUUCCUCCUGACAGUGAGGACACCAUGUUUGACUACUAUGUCACAGCAGAUGGUCAUUGGGUCCAUUGGAACACCACAGUGGAGGAAUACAUUUAUCCAUCUGCAUUCACACCAGAGUACAGCUCAAUUUUGGUCCCCAAUGUGGACAACGUUAGAACAGACUUCCUAACCCAGACUAUUGCAAAGCAAGGCAAGGCUGUUUUGCUAAUUGGGGAGCAAGGAACAGCCAAGACUGUUAUCAUCAAGAGCUACAUGUCAAAGUAUGACCCUGAGACCCACAUAGGCAAGAGUCUCAACUUCUCUUCUGCUACUACACCACUAAUGUUCCAGAGGUCAGUUGAGAGCUACGUUGAUAAGAGGAUGGGGACCACUUAUGGACCGCCUGCUGGAAAGAAAAUGUCAAUUUUCAUAGAUGACAUCAACAUGCCUGUCAUCAAUGAGUGGGGAGACCAGGUGACUAAUGAGAUUGUCAGGCAGCUGAUGGAACAGAAUGGUUUCUUCAAUCUGGAAAAACCUGGAGAGUUCACAAAUAUUGUGGAUGUUCAGUUCCUGGCAGCAAUGAUUCAUCCUGGAGGGGGCCGUAAUGACAUACCACAGAGACUGAAAAGGCAGUUCUCAAUCUUUAACUGCACGCUGCCCUCCAAUGCUUCGAUAGACAAGAUAUUUGGCGUGAUCGGUGAGGGCCACUUUUGCACAAGACGUGGUUUUAGCGAGGAGGUCCAGAGCACUGUACCUCGUUUGGUUUCCCUCACGCGUCGUCUCUGGCAGCUGACUAAGGUCAAGAUGCUUCCAACUCCUGCAAAGUUCCACUACAUCUUUAACUUGAGGGAUCUCUCCAGGAUCUGGCAAGGCAUGCUCAGCACCAAUGCUGAAGUUGUCACCUCUGUCCAGUCAAAUAAUACACUAGUAAUAAAGUUUUGCGUGUACGAGCCUAUUGAAUCAUUUGAGGCUUUAAAGGACCGUCUGAACAUGUUCCUAAGCCAUUACAAUGAAAGCAUUAGGGGUACUGGCAUGGAUAUGGUCUUCUUUCAGGAUGCUAUGAUACAUUUGGUCAAGGUUUCGAGGAUAAUCCGAACACCGGGAGGUAAUGCCCUGCUGGUGGGGGUUGGGGGUUCUGGCAAACAGAGCCUGACCAGAUUGGCCUCGUUCAUAGCUGGAUACAAGAUCUUCCAGAUCACGCUCACACGCUCUCAGGCCCAGCAGCUAGUGUCCAACUUGUUUGCCCGUGACGAAAUAGAUGAUAUCCUCAAUGAUCUCAUCCCUGUCAUGAAGCGAGAGUUUCCCCGGCGACCUCCAACCAACGGAAACCUGUACGAUUACUUCAUGUCACGAGUCCGACAUAAUCUCCACGUCAUUCUGUGCUUUUCCCCUGUUGGGGAGAAGUUCCGGAACCGAGCGUUGAAGUUUCCGGCGCUGAUCUCUGGUUGCACCAUGGACUGGUUUAGCCGCUGGCCCAAAGAUGCACUGGUUGCAGUUUCAGAGCACUUCCUGUCUGUUUAUGACAUAGACUGCUCAGCCCAGGUUAAAUGUGAGGUAGUUCAGUGCAUGGGCUCCUUCCAGGAUGGUGUAGCAGAGAAAUGUGUGGACUACUUCCAGAGAUACCGACGCUCCACCCAUGUCACACCCAAGUCUUAUUUGUCCUUCAUUCAAGGCUACAAAACCAUCUAUAAAGAAAAGAGGUCUGAAGUUCAGACUUUGGCCAACAGGAUGAAUACUGGUCUCCAAAAGCUGAAGGAGGCAUCGGUGUCAGUGGCAGCUCUCAGCAAAGAACUGGAGGUGAAAGAGAAGGAGCUACAGAUUGCCAAUGACAAGGCUGAUAUGGUGUUGAAGGAGGUGACAGUAAAAGCCCAGGCAGCAGAGCGAGUGAAGGUAGAGGUACAAAAGGUGAAGGACAAGGCGCAGGCCAUUGUGGACAGCAUUUCAGCUGACAAGGCCAUCGCUGAGGAGAAACUCGAAGCUGCCCGGCCAGCUCUCGAGGAGGCAGAGGCUGCGCUGCAGACAAUUAAACCGUCGGAUAUUGCCACAGUACGGACACUCGGCCGCCCCCCUCACCUCAUCAUGCGCAUCAUGGACUGCGUGCUGCUGCUCUUCCAGAGGAAGGUCAACCCUGUGAAAGUUGACCCAGAGAAGAACUGCAACACUCCUUCAUGGCAGGAGUCAUUAAAACUCAUGACUGCUGGAAACUUCCUGGGCAGUCUGCAGCAAUUCCCCAAGGACAGCAUUAAUAGGGAAACUGUGGAGCUCCUGCAGCCUUAUUUCGAAAUGCCUGACUACAACAUCGAAACAGCCAAGAGGGUGUGUGGCAAUGUAGCUGGCAUAGCAUCCUGGACCAAAGCCAUGGCCUCCUUCUUUUCCAUCAACAAGGAGGUCUUGCCCUUGAAGGCUAACUUGGCCGUGCAGGAGAAUCGUCUGACCAUAGCUAAUGCGGACCUUCAGAAAGCUCAGGCUGAGCUAGACGCCAAGCAGGCAGAGCUUGAUGUGGUACAGGGAGAAUAUGAGAAAGCAAUGAUGGAGAAACAGACGCUGCUGGAGGAUGCUGAGCGCUGCAGACACAAGAUGCAGACAGCGUCCAGUCUCAUCAGCGGUCUCGCUGGCGAGAAGGAGAGAUGGACGGAACAGAGCAAAGAGUUUGCUGUCCAAACCAAACGGCUCGUGGGUGAUGUUCUUCUGGCCACAGCUUUUCUUUCUUACUCAGGACCUUUCAAUCAGGAGUUUCGUAACCUUCUGCUGAACGACUGGCAGCGAGAGCUGAAGCAACGUUACAUCCCGUUUGGUAACAACCUCAAUCUGACUGAACUGCUCAUUGAUGCGCCCACAGUUAGUGAAUGGAACCUUCAGGGUUUGCCAAAUGAUGACCUGUCCAUUCACAACGGCAUUAUUGUAACCAAAGCUGCCCGCUUCCCCCUCCUUAUUGACCCACAGACACAGGGAAAAAUCUGGAUCAAGAACAAAGAAGCCAAGAAUGAGCUACAGAUCACCUCACUGAAUCACAAGUACUUCAAGAACCACCUAGAGGACAGUUUGUCUCUUGGUCGACCCCUUUUGAUUGAGGAUGUGGGGGAGGAGUUGGACCCUGCGCUUGACAACAUACUUGAGAAAAACUUCAUCAAAACUGGCUCCACUUACAAGGUGAAGCUUGGUGACAAAGAAGUGGAUGUGAUGAAGGGCUUCAGGUUGUAUAUGACCACCAAGCUGCCUAACCCGGCUUACACUCCUGAAAUAAGUGCUCGCACCUCCAUCAUUGACUUCACUGUCACCAUGAGAGGACUGGAGGACCAGCUGCUGGGCAGAGUCAUCCUCACUGAAAAACAGGAAUUGGAGAAGGAGAGGACAGACCUCUUGGAAGAUGUGACAUCUAACAAGAGAAAGAUGAAGGAACUAGAAGACAGUCUCCUCUACCGACUGACGAGCACACAGGGUUCCUUGGUUGAUGAUGAGAGUCUGAUCCUUGUCCUUAGCAACACGAAGUGUACGGCCGAAGAAGUCACUCAGAAGUUACAGAUUGCCGCAGAGACUGAGAUCCAGAUCAACGCAGCCAGAGAGGAGUACCGGCCAGUGGCCACCAGGGGCAGCAUCCUGUACUUCCUGAUUACAGAGAUGAGUAUGGUGAAUGUCAUGUAUCAGACGUCUCUUAGACAGUUCCUGGGACUUUUUGACCUUUCUCUGGCCAGGUCUUCUAAAAGCCCUAUCACAAGUAAACGGAUCGCCAACAUCAUAGAGUUCAUGACCUUUGAAGUUUAUAAGUACGCAGCACGGGGCCUGUAUGAGGACCACAAGUUUCUUUUCACUUUGCUGAUGACCCUGAAGAUAGACAUGCAGAGCAACAAGGUCAAACACGAGGAGUUCCUCACACUCAUCAAAGGAGGUGCAUCCUUGGAUCUGAAGGCUUGCCCCCAGAAAGCAGCUAAAUGGAUCCUUGACAUGACCUGGCUAAAUCUUGUAGAGCUCAGCAAACUUUGGCAGUUCGCUGAUAUACUGGAUCAGAUAAGUCGUAACGAGAAACAGUGGAAGGCUUGGUUUGACAAGGAGGCCCCAGAGGAGGAAGUAGUCCCAAACUCCUAUGACCAGUCUCUUGACUGUUUUAGACGGCUGCUCCUCAUACGCUGCUGGUGUCCUGACAGGACCAUCGCACAGGCCCGUAAAUACAUAAUGGAUGCAGUAGGGGAGAAAUACACUGAAGGGGUGAUUCUUGAUUUAGAGAAGAUGUGGGAGGAGUCGGACCCACGAACACCUCUGAUCUGCUUCCUUUCAAUGGGCUCAGAUCCAACUGACUCCAUUAUAGCACUCGGGAAGAAGCUGAAAAUCGAGACCCGUUAUGUAUCCAUGGGUCAAGGACAAGAGGUCCACGCACGCAAGCUUCUGCAGCAAACUAUGGCUAAUGGUGGCUGGGCCUUACUCCAGAAUUGCCACCUGGGUUUGGACUUCAUGGAUGAGCUCAUGGACACUGUGACAGAGACAGACUUUGUCAACGACAGCUUCCGCCUUUGGAUGACCACUGAGGUCCACAGACACUUUCCCAUCACACUUCUCCAGAUGUCCAUCAAGUUCACCAAUGAACCACCACAGGGCCUCAAGGCAGGGCUUAAGAGGACAUAUGGCGGUAUAAACCAGGACCUUUUGGAUGUCAGUAACAUGGCGCAGUGGAGGCCGAUGCUGUAUGCAGUAGCCUUUCUUCACAGCACAGUUCAGGAGAGAAGGAAAUAUGGCCCCCUGGGAUGGAAUAUUCCCUAUGAGUUCAACCAGGCUGAUUUUAAUGCCACUGUCCAGUUUGUUCAAAACCAUCUUGAUGACAUGGAUAUUAAGAAGGGUGUGUCCUGGAACACAGUUCGAUACAUGAUUGGAGAGAUUCAAUACGGUGGUCGUGUGACCGACGACUAUGACAAGCGCCUCCUCAACACCUUUGCCAAGGUGUGGUUCAGUGAGGAAAUGUUUGGACCUGCAUUUAGCUUCUACAAGGGCUACAGCAUCCCAAAGUGCUCCAGUGUUGACCAGUAUCUAACAUACAUUCAGGGUCUCCCAGCCUACGACACUCCUGAGGUGUUUGGGCUGCACCCAAACGCAGACAUAACCUUCCAGAGUAAACUGGCUAAGGACGUACUGGAUACCAUCCUCAGCAUUCAGCCAAAAGACAGCUCAUCAGGCGGAGGAGAAACCAGAGAAGCUGUAGUGUCCAGGCUGGCUGACGACAUGCUGGAAAAACUGCCUCCUGACUACGUACCUUUUGAAGUGAGAGAGCGUCUUCAGAAGAUGGGUCCUUUCCAGCCUAUGAACAUCUUUCUGCGUCAGGAAGUCGAUCGGAUGCAGAGGAUCAUAGUUCUUGUCCGAAACACCUUGACAGACCUGAAGCUGGCUAUUGAUGGAACCAUCAUCAUGAGUGAGAACCUGCGGGAUGCCUUGGACUGCAUGUACGAUGCACGAAUUCCUGCACGCUGGAAGAAGUCAUCGUGGGCCUCCAGCACCCUGGGGUUCUGGUUCACGGAGCUGCUUGAGCGGAACCGUCAGUUCCAGGCCUGGAUCUUUGAAGGGAGACCCAACUGCUUCUGGAUGACAGGUUUCUUCAACCCGCAGGGCUUCCUGACAGCCAUGAGACAGGAGAUCACUCGGGCGAACAAGGGCUGGGCCCUGGACCGCAUGGUGCUGUGCAACGAGGUGACGAAGUGGAUGAAGGAUGACAUCAACCAGCCGCCCACAGAGGGAGUGUACGUCUAUGGUCUUUACCUGGAGGGAGCUGGCUGGGACCGCCGCAACUGCAAACUUAUUGACUCCAAACCCAAAGUUCUCUUUGAGAUGAUGCCGGUGAUCAGGAUGUAUGCUGAGAAUAAUGGUGUAAAAGACUCCCGCCUCUAUUCCUGUCCAAUCUACAAGAAGCCCACCAGGACAGACGUAAACUACAUCGCAGCUGUAGACCUGAAAACCUCCCUUCCUCCAGAAUACUGGAUCCUCCGUGGAGUGGCGCUCCUUUGUGAUGUCAAAUGACUGUUUCAUAAUGAACACUGACACAUACAGCCGUUAUUCAUUUUCCCUCAGUUAUAGGGAUAGUUAAGUGUGCAGGAUUAAAAAGCUCUCAUCAAGGUUAAA